ACAGUAUAAUUAAUUGUUUUCAACUAAUGGUUAAUGAGUUAAAAGAUUUAGUAGAGGAUUUAGAAAAAGAAAUUGCUAAUAAUAAUGAUCGUCACUUACUAGUAAUUCAUCGAAAUAUACAAAAAACUCUUAAGAUUGCAAAAGAUAUUAGAGAAUAUCAUAAUCAUCUUGUUAAUAUUUAA